AUGCCGGUAACACAUAUCUACAACAACACGGCUGUAAAGCUGGAGCUGCCCAAGUCGCAAGCCUCCGCCGAAAUUCGUUUGUUCGGUGCCACCGUAACCUCGUGGAAAGCAGCUGGCGGCAGCGAGCGACUCUUUCUCUCCUCCAAAGCAGCCCUCGAUGGCAGCGCCGCCAUUCGAGGCGGUAUCCCUGUCGUUUUUCCCGUCUUUGGUGCUCCCAAGGAUCAUGCCGAUGCGCCGGAACUCAUCCGCAAGAUCGGCAAGCAUGGCUUUGCCCGAGACCACGACUGGGCCGUUUCCACCACCGUUGCAGGUGUCAAUGAGGAGGAUAAAGUCAGCGUGACGCUCGAGCUGCGGACGAAUGACAAGCCCGAGAUCAAGGCUGUCUGGCCGUUCGAGACGGUGCUGCAGUACACGGUGACGCUGCUGCCACAUGCUCUGAAGUGCGAGUUCAAGGUCAACUACGUUGAUGGACAGGGAGACAUGCCGUUCCACGCGCUGCUGCACAACUACCUGCUCGUGCCUGACUCCACCAAGGCCGCGGUGCAGGGCCUCAAUGGCGCGUCCUACGUCGACAAGGUUCUCGGUGGCAAGGAAGCACAGCUCACCACCGAUAAUCUCACGCUGGAUGCUCAGCCCAUCGACCGCGUUCACAUUGGCAAGCACAAUGAUGCUCCGAGGGACGUUAAGCUCGUGUACAACGCGAGUCUCCUCCAAGACCCGCUGGGCAGGAUGGGUAAGGGCGUCGAAGUGACCAGGUCCAAGGAGCUGAAGGACACCGUCGUUUGGAACUGCGCCGAGGAAGGCAACAAGUCAAUCGGCGACUUGGAGGAAGGGGGAUGGAGGAAGUAUGUCUGCGUGGAGCCUGGCUCGGUGCAUGGCUUCGAGACGCUGCCCAGGGGAAGCAAGUGGGUCGCUGAACAGACUUUGACCGCUUGGUGA